GUAGAGUGUUUGAACAGGGGAGUGUUUGGAGUGUCAGUGACAAGGAGACACAGACGACUGGCUAGACGAUGCGAACUAAUGGAACCAGACAGAAAAGGAUGGGGAGUAGGAAAGAAGUAAUCGCUUGCGCUGUUUCCACUAUCUUUGGACAUACUGCUUCAGGCAGCAUGGAAACAACUAUCCUGCUCUAUUUCACUCUUCGAUCCUAAUCGCUGGUCAUUUUAUGGUUAGCUUAAAGAACUCUAGCACCUCCAAGCACCUAUAUUUAAAAGAACACGAUAUUUAAUCGAUUCAUCUUGUAUCAACCCAAGCGACCGGUAUUCGCUGCUUAUUUGCACGCUAAAUGAAUCUCUUUGAGUCAAAUGGAAAGUAAAAAUUACUGAAAUUUUUGGAGGCAAAGAGGAAUUCUCCCCAUGGUACCCAAACUGGGAGCCAUGCUUAAGAUCCAUGAUAUAAUAGCCUGUUAUCAAAAAAGGAUUGGCUCCUAUGAUAAGCAGCUGUGGGAACAAUCAGUGGAAAAAAAACUUUAUAAGUCAAUAAAUAAUGUUCCUCGUAGAAUUGGUCGGAUGAAGACAGAAUUUAUAGAUGUUGACUUGGUGCGAGGCUCUACAUUCACUAAAGCUAAGCCCCAAGUUCCUUGGACAAGGAUUACUCAACGUGCUGUGUUACGAGUAAUGUUUUUCCCACUCUAUUACAAAUGGUGGAUACAGCAAACAUCCAGAUCCUUUUGGCUUGCAAUGCUUGUUUUGUACACAUUCCAACUUGUAGCAAUAGUACUUUACAUCAGUAAUGUUGGCGAGUACCUGAAAACUGAGAGUGUAACCAUUAGUGAGGUAUCAUUUCCUGCCUUGUUAAUGCUAAUUCUGGGUUUAAUGCACUCUCAAACAGUCUUAGCUCACUUUUCUCAUAAACCUACCAGCAGAGAUGGCUUGCUUUUACAAAGAGAGAACAGUAAAAGCUGUCGGAAGAGAUCCAGUAAGAUUGUUCCAGAAAGGAAACCCAGCUUUGAAACCGCUCACAAAUUAUCCUAUAGCAAAAAAUGUGAUGGUAGAAAACGGAGGGAAUAUAAUUUGAAUUCAAGGAAAAACUCCAACAGUCGGUGGAAUAGUCAUAGUCAACCAGAUGCUGAUAGUAAUUCUGCUUCUGAUGAAGAUAAAGAGUGCAUGAACCUUAGAUUAAGCCAGUGCAGCAGCAGUAGUAGCAGCUGUAAAAGUGAACCUGUCACACAUUCUGAUUGUCUGCUUCCUAAUAUCUUAACAAAUGACCCUUAUGCUAAGAAAAAUUCCAACAACAAAGUCCUCACACAGAGGAAUGUUGAGGCAGUCAACCGGACUUAUGUGGUACUUGGUAACUGUAUCUACAGUCGCAAACUGGAAGAUGUCAACAUACAACAGACCAAGGUUGAAAGCCUACCUUCAAUUGAUACUGAUGUCACCUGUAAAAACAAUUCUAGAAUGAACAAUACUCCUAAAGUAGUGUUUCAACUGAACAAGAACAGACAGUUGCAUCGUAGCCGGAGUUUGGAUGACUUGCACUCUUCCUCUGAUAUCAUGGAUCUCAUGAAAUCUGAACCAAGUCAUAAUAAAAAAAGCAAUCAACCUGCUGACCAUGAGCUGAUGCCACGUAAAUGUUCUCACUUAACCUGCGAUACUAGGACAGGCCUUACAGAUACCACCAAACAGGACAUUCCGUUCAAGGACAAUGUGCAGUGGUCUCUGUAUCAUUCUGAAGAAGACUGUACUCUUUCAUCUAAAAUUGCAGGGGAUAAUAUUCAAGCAUUGAAAGGUUGUUUAGAAAAUGGUGGACUUAGACAGCGCCAUGGCAAAAGUAAGCGCAAAAGUCACACAAGGAAUGUGAGUCCUCUUUCCUAUGCCACACCCCUACUUAAGUCUAGCCUGCCCCCAAGUUCAUCUGAUGGAGAAACUGUUGAAACACUAGGAUAUAGAAAGCCUAUGCUCAGCUCUGAGGAGUGGGAUGAUCGAAUGCACUCUGACAUUGUGACAUCCAGCUUUGAGACCAGUAGCUGUACAUCAGAAGCUGAACUUUCCAAAACACAUGGCCAGUCCGAUGAAUUCCAGAUUCCUGACUGGAAUGUCAAUAACCUGAAUGUCAUAAAUCUUCUACAAUCACCUGGUAACCUAGCUGCUGGCCAUGGAAGUCAUAUACCACCUCCUGAUAAAGUGAGUUGUGUAAUAUGGGAAGGUGAUGAGUGUCAAAAGGUUGAUCUCACUGCAUUACAUAUCAGCUGGGUCAUCAUAGAAAAAGUUGAAAAAAUCCCAGAUGCCUCAGACUCUAUUUUCAUUGGUCUCUUCUUCUCACUGAUUAUGGGUCUUGUACCACCGAUGUUCCGUACUUAUAACAGCAAAGAAUUCUUCAACGUUCUAUCAUCAGAUGGCUUUGUUUCUGCUGUUCUCUCUAUGGUCGGUAAUGGUUGGAAGAUUAAUCUAAUCUUAAUUAAUGCUGUAAUCCAAAGGCUUUGUCUUAGUGCUCUCUUUUUCUUCUUGCUCUCCGUUGCUGAUCGUACAUUCAAACAGAGAUUAUUGUAUGCCAAGUAUUUUUCCUAUUUGACAUCAUCACGGGGAGCUCGUAAGUUUGAUCUACCACACUUCCGCCUUAAUAAAGUUUGUAACAUCAAAACAUGGUUGUCGCUACGAUCGUACCUUAAGAAAAGAGGUCCUCAACGUUCAGUUGAUGUGAUAGUGUCAGCUUCAUUUUUACUAGCCAUCAUAUCCGUCACGUUAAUGUGCUUACAGUUAUUAAAAGACACAGAAACUUUCAUGGACUAUCUGUAUAAUUGGGAAUUACUAGCUUGGUCUCUAGCGCUUGGUGUUUACAUUCUUCGGUUUAUGACUCUCGGAUUAAAAAUUAACCAGAAAUAUCGCAAUCUUUCUGUAUUGAUCACUGAGCAGAUAAAUCUCUAUUUACAAAUGGAACAAAAACCACACAAAAAAGAAAAGUUAAUGCUGGCUAACAGUGUUUUAAAGCUUGCUGAGGAUCUCUUAAAGGAACUGGAAAGUCCUUUCAAGAUUUCCGGGCUGUCUGCUAAUCCCUUUUUGUACAAUUUAACCAAAGUGGUUGUUCUUUCUGCUUUCUCUGGUGUUCUCUCUGAAUUGCUUGGUUUUAAACUAAAACUUUACAAAAUUAAAUUCAAAACUUGAUGGCAACAUGUUAUUGAAUAGGAUGCAAUUUAUCAAGUAAACUCUCUACACCAAAGGCUCAAAAGGUCAACUGAAUAAAUUCUGUACACCAAGGCCUGAAGAGGACUUCAUAUUAUCAACCGAAAUUCUGUGCACCAAGCUCCAAAAAAGGACUUCAGUUUAUUCAUUGAAUUAAUUCUUUGCACUAAGCCCUCAAAUAGGCUUCAAUGUACCAAGUGGAUUAAUUCUGUGCACCAAUUCCCACAAGCCUGUAUAGCACUUGCAGAAUAGAAGAUCUAACAAACACUUUAUUUAUUGAAAUAUUCCUUCUAUUUAUUUAUUUAUUUAUUUGAUGUUAAAUGACAUUGUUUGCAAAUGUACAGUGGCAACUCCUGAAGUGCCAGCCAAAUGAAAGCAAAAAAAAAGUUUUAAACUGCUAAACACAGCUAGAAGUGACACAUUUAGUGUCAGAUUCUGUAAAAUAGGACUAUUUUUCUAGUGUUUUACUGCCUUUUCUCAUUUUUACUUGAGUGGUGUCUACUUGUGAAUGUAUGUAUGUGUGUGUCUGUGUGAGUGUUUCUAGUUUGUAGACUGAAGACAUUCAAUGUUUUCUUUUAUUCUUCUUGUACAUAUUUCUUAUUUUAAAGUUAGAAACAAGACUUUCUUCAAUGUUGGUUUGAACAUGUAUGGAAGGAAAUCACUUGAAAGUUUUGUAAAAGAGAGAGAGAGAGAAAGAAAGAUUGGUAAAAGAAAAAAAGACUUUUUUUUCUUUUCCAUUUAAUUUAUAUAAAUUGAAAAAAA